AUUAUUAUUUUUUUCAGUUUGGAGUAUUAUUUUAGAUUUUUUAAUCAAAAUUAAGUUCAAUAUCAUCCCUAUUCCUCGAAAAAACUGAAAUUUUGAUAGUUGAAGUGGAUAUAACGAGCCCAAUUUUUGUGUCUGAACUUGGUUUUCUUCAUUAUUGAUGUUGUGCAGGAUUGAAGCAUUCCGAUCAACAGUGGUGAAUGGUUCUGCUAUUUUCUAAGUAUCAUUUAUGAGGUUAUUUUCCCUCUAUUUAGCCCUUGAAUUUUUCCAGUGACAAAUAUUAGAUUUUGCUGUUUUUCAUGUUAUUGGCUGCCUUGUCUAAGUCCAUGUUUGGAUUUGUGAACAUUAACAUAGCACUGAGUUGUCUCUCUUCAUUAUUUACUUCCAGUCUCUGCUGAGACCUCUUCUGCUUUACUUAUUGAUCAUUGUAGUAUUAAAGACCAGAAAAAAAAAUCCUUUUUCACUCAAGGAGAGGAACUCCAACUUUGGUGGAGUGAAUAUUAGGUUGAGCAAAUGGAAUAUCUUUAUGUCCGGGUGGUGAAGGCUAGGGAUUUACCUACGAAUGAGCUUACGGGUAGUCUCGAUCCUUAUGUUGAGGUUAGGCUAGGGGACAAUACGUAUAAAACCCGCCAUUUUGAGAAGACGUCAAAUCCUGAAUGGAACCAGACGUUUGCUUUCUCCCAAGAUAGGAUUCAGGCUUCUGUACUUGAGGUGACCGUGAAGGAUAAGUAUAUUUCUAACGAUGAUUUUGUUGGUCGCCUCAUGUUUGAUUUAUGUUGUGAGAUCCCAAAAAUGGUUCCCCCAGAGAACUUGGUUCCUCAGUGGUAUAGAUUGAAGGAUAGGAGUGGGUCGUCUAAAGUCAAUGGGGAGUUGCUGUUGGCUCUUUGGAUGGGUGCUCCAGCAGAUGAAACAUUUCCUGAAGCUUGGCAUUCAGAUGCUUUUGCUGUUAGUAGUGCUGAUGUCCUUGCAAAUGUAAGAUCUAAGGUGUACCUCUUGCCAAAGCUCUGGUACCUGAGAGUUAAUGUGAUUGAGGUCCAGGACUUGACUCCAAGUGAUAUGUAUAGGAUCCCGCUACCGCAAGUUUUCGUAAAAGCCAUCCUCGGAAUUCAGACAUGUUGUACAAAGGUUUCCACGGGGAUGACUAUCAAUCCCUUCUGGAACGAGGAUCUAAUGUUUGUAGCAGCAGAACCAUUUGAUCAGCUGUUGAUUCUUACUGUGGAAGAUAAAGUUUCACCUAACAAGGAUGAGGUUCUUGGGAGGUUUGCGAUUCCUUUGUCAUAUGUGGAUAUGAGGUUGGAUGAGAAACCUGUGACCUGUAAGUGGUAUGAACUUGAGAAGCAGGUUAAAGUUGAUGGUGAAAAGAAGAAGAAAGUCGGGUUUGCUAGCAAGAUCCUGAUGAGGAUAUGUCUGGAGGGAGGUUACCAUGUUCUGGACGAGUCUACCUGUUACAGUAGUGAUCUUAGACCAACCGCAAAGCAAUUGUGUAAGUCCAGUAUUGGGGUGCUUGAAUUGGGUAUUUUGAAUGCUCAGGGCCUCAAGCCAAUGAAGAGACAAGACGGGCAGGAAACUACAGAUGCCUAUUGUGUCGCCAAAUAUGGGCAGAAGUGGGUCGGAACUAGGACUAUUACUGAUAGCCUUUCUCCCACGUGGAAUGAGCAUUACACUUGGGAGGUAUUUGACCCUUGCACUGUUAUAACUAUAGGUGUAUUUGAUAAUUGCCGACCGCAAGGAGGAGAUAAAUCUGAAGGUGCAAAGGACUCGAGGAUUGGAAAGGUUAGGAUCCGUCUUUCCACUCUUGAAACAGGCCGAGUCUACACACAUUCUUAUCCACUAAUGCUCUUUGAUACUACUGGGCUGAGGAAGACGGGUGAAAUUUGCUUGACUAUGCGUUUUAUUUGCUCAUCAUCGUUGAAUAUGACAUAUAUGUACUCUCAGCCACUGUUACCCAAGAUGCACUAUCUUCGUCGUUUAGCACAAAAACGGGUUGACGACUUGAGGCACCAUGCCCAGCAAAUAGUUAUAAUGAGACUGAGUCGUGCUGAUCCAUCUUUGGGAAAAGAGGUAGUGGAAUAUAUGUUUGAUGAAGAGUAUUCCCUUUGGAGUAUAAGGAAAAGCAGGGUUAACAUUUUCAGGCUUAUGGGUAUUUUAGAGGCUGUAGCAAAAAGAUUUGAUCAAAUAUGUAAUUGGAGAAACCCCAUAACAACUUUUCUGAUCCAUAUCAUGUUCAUCAUACUGGUUCUAAAUCCAAAUCUUAUUCUACCUGCUUUUUUCCUCUCUCUCUCCGUAAUCAGUCUUUGGAACUACAAAUGGAGACCAGUGCAUCCUUCACUCACAGAUACUAGUCUUUCCUGUGCUGAUACUGCUCUUAAAGAUGAAUUAUCUGAGGAAUUUGAUAGUUUUCCAACUUCAUUUUCAUCGGGUAUUGUUAGUAUGAGAUAUGACCGCUUGAGAAUGAUUGCAGGGAGAAUUCAGACUGUGGUUGGUGACUGGGCUACUCAAGGGGAGAGGCUGCUAUCAUUGCGGAGCUGGCGUGACCCUAGGGCGACAGCCGUGCUUGUGAUUUUCUGCUUGGUUGCUGCCAUUGUAGUCUAUAUCACGCCUUUCCAAGUUCUGUUGGAAGGAGAGAAGGUUCCAAAGAAAUUACAUCUGUCGAUGAUAUUUCGUGAACUUAGAUGGAAAUGAGCAUUUGAGACACGGAUCUCUUCCAUGUAUCUUUUACAGCCUAUUAAAUUUCAAGGUUUUGCAGAGAUCAGAAUGGAUAGAUCUUUAAUCAGAUGUUUAUUGGUGUAGAGUGCACCUGGUCAGUUUAUCUGUUGAUAAUAACUUGUUAUCAAUAUUACUAUGCAUAUAAUUUUCCAUGGAAGAAGAAGCACUGCCGGGAAUCUGGAUAUACCUGUGUAGAAAGUGGUGGUAUUCAAGUUUGUGGCCGAAGAUGGAUACUAAAGUAUUAAUCAAGAAAGAAGGGAUGUGAAAGAAAAAAUCCAAAGAUAUGUAGGUAUGAAUCUGCUGCUUUGGAAGCCUGAGAAUGUUGUAUGGGGCCUUCAUAUUUCCUCUUUUUUUCCCUGUCUAAGUGUUACAUUAUGAAAGUACUUGAUUGACCUGUUUGUCAUAAUGGGUCUUGGAAUGUUGUAUAGAAUUAUGUAGUCUCUGAUCCCUCAUUGUAUCACGUUCAGUUAUCCACUUGCGGGUUCUUAAAUUUGUGUAAAAAAGACUAGUCAUACUUGAAAGUUCAGUACUUAUAG